GGUAGCAAUGAAAGGUUAAGGAAGUAGAUUAAAAAACAUGAGCUUGUGCGCUAUAUGGAGUGUGUCUGACUUUCUAUAUUUUGAUAGUUUAUGAUUUGAGGAAGUAGACAAAGUUUCUGGAUGAAACGUUAUUUUCCCUGACUUUCUCCCCUAUGCAGGACUAAGGAUUGAAGAGGGAAACCGAUGCUAUGACAACCAACUUCCCUGCCAACGUCACAUUCUUUCCCUUUCCCAAGUCCACCCACUCACUCAUCGCCACGGAGACUACCUUCAAGAACCUCUUGACCGCCACAACCCCUGACCCCAGGGAACACUGUCAAAUUGACGACAGCUCCCUCCAGAUCCCUCUAGCAGUCCUCUACUCUGUCAUAUUCGUCUUGGGCCUGGCCGGCAACGUACUGGCUCUCUGGGUCUUUCUAUACGUCCACUCCAAGAAGAACUCUGUCCGAGUGUUCCUCAUCAACAUAGCGUUAGCCGACUUGCUACUGGUCAUCUGUCUCCCAUUCAGAGUCCUCUACCACAGUAAAGGGAACCACUGGGACAUGGGCCCCAUCCUCUGUAAGGUCGUGGGAAACCUCUUUUAUAUGAACAUGUAUAUCAGUAUCACCUUAUUAGGGUUGAUCAGUGUGGAUCGCUAUCUGAAGAUCCAGCGUAGCGCAGGGGGGCAGUAUCGCCUCCAGGCCACCAGAUGGAGCUCCACCGUCUGUGGGACCAUCUGGAUCCUGGCCCUCGCCUCCGUCAUGCCCAUGAUCCUCCUCUCUGAGGGCAACGAGGAGUCGAACAAGUGUUUCCAGUAUAAACAGCGAAAGAAUGCGCAGGGAAAGGCCUAUUUCAACCUCUUCCUGGUUGCUGUGUUCUGGUUUGUGUUUGUCUGCCUUGUGGUGUCUUAUGGGAAAAUUGCACUCAAGCUGCUGAGGGCGUCGAGAGAUAAACCGGACCUCCCCAACGCGACCCGCUACAACCGUACUGCCAGGAAGUCCUUCUUCGUCCUCUUUCUGUUUACCAUCUGCUUCGUCCCUUAUCACAUGGUCCGGGUGUUCUACGUCGUCUCCCAGAUCAGCGAAACUUCCUGCUUCUGGAGGGGUGUGGUAGACCAAGCCAACGAAGUGGUGUUGCUACUCUCUGCCCUCAACAGUUGCCUAGACCCCGUGAUGUACUUCCUGUUGUCGGAGUCCGUGAGGAAAGAGACACUCCGAUUGGUCAAUAACAUGUUCCGACGGAGUGACUCGGGUGGCAGUGGGAGUGGCUCCAGUGUGGAUUGUGGGAGAAGCCAACCGCUAGUUUCAUCAGUAAUCUGAGGAGAAAAAUAACUGUCCAGCCCUCCCUCCUUCAGAUAUCAAUAAGAUGAAGUUGUCACUAGACACUGAUCCGAGGUCAGUUUUGGACUUUGUUGGGCCACAAAAUAGCAGCAAAGUCCAUCCUCCUUCAGGUAUCAGAACCAGCAAGCAUAAGCCAUUUUGUGCCAAGAACAACUUGAAGAGGGACAGACUGGGAGAGCAUGAACACGACUCCAUGGAAUUGGGGCAUUAACUAUUAAGAGUUUUAUAUCAUAAAGGAAGCAUUAGCAUCCAGUCAGAUGACAGUUUUUGCAGGGGAUAUGUCAUGUUAAUUAAAGGACUGCACAGACAUUGAGAGGACCAUACAGACACCACAGUGAUAUUACUGAGAGCAUAAUGGGACUUAUAUAAAUGAGGAAAUUGAAUCACUUGGUCAUGACAUGCUGGUGGAAAACAACAAAGACAAUACACAAUCUCACUUAUAAAAGCCAUGAAGGCAUGCUAUGCUAAAAUAAAACUGUGAUGACAAAACAUAAAAUAUUACUAUUCAUUUUGAAUAGGCUACUG